AUAACUUCUAAAAUGUGCUAAAAUUCUAUUUGUUACCUGUAAUAUAGAUAAAAAGUAAAAUAAGUUCAUGGAAAAGAGUAAAACGUUGAAUUUAAUUAAUUCAGAAAUACUCUAUUUUAGUUGUUAAAUACUUUUGCAUAUUAUGGGUAUAAAAAAUGAAGAAUUUAUGGACAAUGGAUUGUUAGGGAAUAUCCAGUUCCAGUUCUCAACUACCUAGUGAAAUGACACCAUUGCAGAAUCUUCAGACAUCAGUUAAAGUGCUGUUUAAUCAAUCAUAAAUUAUUGCUUCAAUUGUUAUUGAAAGAAGAUCAGGAGUUGAAGAAGAAGUUUCUGAGAUGGAUGAUCUUUUGCAGUAUGUACUGGAGUUGUCAAGGGAAUCUGCACUUUUACCCUCUGUUAAGGGUAAAAGUCAGAAUAACAGUCACCAGCAGGCAUUGGUGAUAAGGGAAAAUGCAACAUUAAAUUUAUUUAACGACUCAUCUACAAUUGAUGUUCAUGAGGAAAUAAUUGUCGAAAGCGAGGAUCCAACAAAGCCUGGAUCAAGUCAGCAAAAAAUUGAAGAAACUCCAGGAAAAAAAAGGACCAUUUUAACUCCUAAAGGAAAUAGAAGGAAUGUUGGCUUAAAACAGUCAUCUCUAGACUAUUUACAAAAAAAAAAUGACCGCUGGUUUGAAAUCCGGAGUAGGGAACUGGCACUCCAAGAGAGGGAGAAAACGUUACAAGAAGAAAAAUUUAAAUUGGCAAAAUGGGAAACAGAGAAGAGGACCGAAAUGGAGGAAAAAAGAUUGGAAGUUCAACUAGAUUUGUUUAAGAACCAACAGAAAUUAGUGGAGGCAAUUUUAAACAAAUCUAGUUUGAAUUUAUAAAAAAAAAUUGUUUUAUUAUUAAA